CCCUCUGACAGCGCGCAUCCUGCCUUCAUAAACACCCCCGUUUCGCGGCGUCGAAACAGAGAACAGAGGCUUCUUCUGGUUUAUUCGUGGCUCCGGGUGAAAGCGCAAGAUCCGGUUUUUAUUGCACCUGCUCUGGAUGCGUUUUCUUUUCGGCUCUCGAUUGGGCCUGACAUUAACAAGGAAAUCAGGCCGGACUCCAGGGCCUACAGCUGGACACCAACCCCUGUUUUCGGGCUUUAAGACAAACAUCGACUCCCGGAGGCUUUGUCGGAGUUCCGGUUGUUUUCCUGCGUCCCGAGGAUCGAUCCAGCCAGACUCGUUGGUGCCAUGGAGCCCACAUCAGCCUGGUCCUGAACGGCGCAAGGGAACAGCAUAAGAAGAGCAACCAUUCUGACCUAAACUCCACUCCUGCUCCAAAGCGACAGACAGGGGAAGUCAAGUCAUGGAGGCGAUAUGGCUCUAUCAGUUCCGGCUGAUCGUCAUCGGGGACUCCACGGUGGGCAAGUCGUGUCUGAUCCGGCGGUUCACGGAGGGCCGCUUCGCCCAGGUGUCGGACCCCACCGUCGGCGUGGACUUCUUCUCCCGACUGGUGGAGAUCGAGCCGGGCAAGCGGAUCAAGCUGCAGAUCUGGGACACCGCGGGUCAGGAGCGCUUCAGGUCCAUCACCAGGGCUUACUACCGUAACUCUGUGGGCGGGCUCCUCCUGUUCGACAUCACCAACCGCCGCUCCUUCCAGAAUGUCCACGAUUGGCUGGAGGAAGCUCGCAGCCACGUUCAGCCGCACAGCAUCGUCUUCCUAUUGGUGGGGCACAAGUGUGACCUGGAGGCACAGCGCCAGGUGACUCGCCAGGAAGCAGAGAAGCUAGCGGGGGCUUACGGGAUGCGCUAUGUAGAGACAUCGGCCCGCGACGCCAUCAACGUAGAGCAUGCCUUCACCGAGCUGACCAGAGACAUCUUCGCCCUGGUGCGGUCCGGCGAGAUCACAAUCCAGGAGGGCUGGGAGGGCGUGAAGAGCGGGUUUGUCCCCAAUGUGGUUCACUCCUCGGAGGAAGUGACCAAGAGUGACCGCCGCUGUCUAUGUUGAUCUGGGAACAGUUUUGGGACUGAGGGUGAAAAGGGGAGAGAUUCAGGAAGGAUUCAGAGGGGAGUGGCUGAUGGACUGAGGUAUCAGCCUUCUGACUGAAACUGUUGGUAACCCUCUGUUAUUGUUUCUUCAGACUGGAUACAGACAGGGAAGUUCAAUGAAAAGGCUGGUAGAAGGCACCUUGAACGUGGGUAAAUAGCUGAAAGGUUGUGCCCAUUUCUGUAUACCUUUUAUUUCUCAGAGAGGAAGGAUCACCAAUGCUCAUUUACCUGCGAGGGCUCCCAUGAUUCAAUUCCAUUAGUUUUGGUUUGGGCUUCCUACCUGAAAAUCCCUCCCUGAAAGUUUUAGAAAGGCCUUAGAAAGAGGAUCCGUUUUGGUUCUUUGCCAAAAUACGAUGAAACUCUUGACUUGUUUAAUCUUUCUUUCUCCCGUCAUCUCUUCCUUCACUUCUCCUUCAAUCAACCACUUCUUAAUCUUCUCCUCUCCUCCAAUAUGCAAUUACAUGAUCACAUACGAGGCGAUCACUUUUACGUUGGUGUCCAACAUCCUCCUAGCACAUAUCAUUCGAACAAAGUUUAGUCAUCACAGAUUCAACAAGAGUUGUGUUUCUCUUUCACCCUCUGUGCUCCACAUUCCACUAUCAGAGCUCAAUGGAGGAGUCCUGGAGGUCCUAAAUGUAACAAGGGAUGACCGAUUUCCUUCCUGGAGCUGUGAUUUUGUUGCCAGAGACCACAUAAUUUCUCUUUGGAGCUAUUUAGGCCUCCAGUGAGCUCGAUGACAUUGACCAGAUGGUUAUAUCCACUUUCAUUAUGCUAAAUACCACACUAUAACAAAACAUCGUCACCCAUCCAGUUCCAAAUGGACUCCUAAAGCAGGAAGAGACAACGUGUACAGCUUAACUGACCGAGGUGGACUUUUUGGACUAGCUUAACAACUCCCAACUGUCUGCCUUUAACUGAGGACUUGUAAAGGGGGACUAAUAGGAAUGUUGGAGCCAGAAAGCACUUUAACAGCCAAGUCCACUUUAACUGUGGAGCCUAAUUUGGGACUUUGGAGAUAAUUUAUUUCUUGAAAGCAAAGCAAACAGAGAAGGACCAGACCACGGACUCCUCAAAAGAACUAUAUUAUCCACAAUGCACGCAUAAGGAUAAUAUAAUCUUGCAAAGAAAGUAGUUAAAUGGCAGGCAUUAAAUCAAGCCAACACAGAUACAGGCAUGGGAAACUACAAGAAAGUUGUUCUGAGCAAGUGGUUUAAAUGGGUUUUUUAUGUGUGUGCUCAAGUGUAAUAUCUCAUCAAACCUUUAUUUUUAUUUUAAUACACUUCAGUGCUACAGGUUGAUGCAACCACCAAAAUUACUUGAUUUUCUGCAGUUCAAAGACACAACUUUCACUUUGAAACAUAAUGCUUUGGAAGGUAGUUUUAGAUGAAUUCUAGGUGUUAAAUGCACUUGUCUUGGAGAGACAUACACUCAGUUGCCAGAAAAAAAUAACGCUAAAGGGUUAUAUGGUUCAGUUUAAGAAAGGAGUUUUUUAUUUUUUUAUUUUUAUUUUUAAAUUUAUGAUCAUUUUAGAGGUUGUAGUUUGUAGUGCUGUUAAAUUGUAUUGUGUUACCCUCAUCGACAUAAAUGGCUUGCAAAAGUCGAAGUUGAAGCAACACUAAUCUAAAAUUGAUUCAAACAAAACUGAACAUUAUAACCUCCAUGAAGAUGUACGAUUUAUUGCAGGGCUGUUGUAUCAGUCUGCAUUAAUUUUAGCUAGCUGUACCGAAUACACUGGCCACUGAUUGUAUAUAAUUCCUUCCCAAUGUAACUCUGUCAGUAAACAGUCUGUGGAAGAAGCUGCCAACAGUGUCUGUCCUGUGAUAAUGGCAGCUGAAAUAGCCAUUGUCCAACCCCACUGUCUCAUUAGCAACAGACAAAAAGUGGCUCCAGUGAUUUCAACACACACGAUCAUACAAAAGUUGUAACAUCACAUUUUUCAGAUCCCUGACACAUGAAAUGGGCCCGACGAAUAGAUCCAAACUAUUCACAAAACCACUGCUGUGCUAACGCGACAGGCGACGAGGUCACAGCAGGUGUUCAUCACCAAUUAAAGACAAAACACCUGUUUUGACAUCACCGUUUGGGCUGUGGCCAACAUGUUUAAAGGUCUGACUUGCCCUUUUAAGCCGAAUUUACCUUUUAAGUAGGUUUAUUUCACGCUUUCACUUAAGAUGUCAGGCCAGUUAUUGACUUUAAAGGAAAAUCACAGUGAAUCAUACUGUUUCAUUGGCUUGUAGACAAUGCACACAUACAUGCAGCAGUAAACAUAGAAAAUUGACACAUAACACGAGUAAUCUACUUGCAGAUUCCCAUUCAAAGUACACAUUCUUAUUAUUCUUACAUCUGUUUUGUGUUUUUGUGAGCCACAUAAACUUACCAUAUUACUGACACAGAACAGAGAGACUUUUAGCAUUGUUAGCAAUUAAAUGUACCUUACCAUGUCUACCGUAGGUACCUGGAUUGUUUGGUGUAGAGCUAUACUUCUAUACACCUUUUUGUUUUGCAGAAUGCUUAGUAAAGAUAUUUUUUUUUUAUAUAUGAUUUGAUUAGUAUUUCACUUUAAAACUUAUUUUGACCCUUAAUCUGAUAUAAAUCCUAAAUGAAUGCCUAUGCUAUAUUUCUUUUUAACCUGUGUAGAUCUGUGAGGAAACUGUAAGUGCUUCAUGUUCUCACACUGUAUGCCUUCAUUUUACACGUCUCCAAAGAGUUCUGCUUGUGUUAUCUUAUUUUUACAUUGACGUGUCAGUCGAGGAAACGGUGAGAUUUUACACCCAAGUUGUCAUACAAGAAAUGUGUGAAUGAGAAACACUUCCAGUCAAUGCGACACACCCUUUUCCUCACAAAAAGCUUUGACAAAGGUGACCUUAAUGUUUUAAGACUUGACUGAAAAUCAUCCAAAUUGCAGUCCAUUUCCAUGGCUGCAUUAUUCCUUAGUGAAAUAAGUGAAAUGUUGCCAGACAGAAAAGAUCACUCUUAAACAAAAAAGCCUGAGUUCUCCCUGAUGCUUGUGUUUUUGAUAUUCGACAUUGAGUGUUAUGUUUUAUCCCACAAACGCUUUAAAAGACAGUCUGUUUUCCUUUCUCUGCUUGCUGUAUCAUCGCCAGUACUUUCUGCCAAAACACUUUUAAAGGUCCCUAAGUGGACAUCAUGGAUCAGACAGUUCAGAAGUGUUAAGGUCUGCGUGGGUGGGUGUGGAUGCAGCCUUUGUGUGUGUGUGCAGCUCCUCCUUGUGGGCUGCCAAGACUCUUUCAGCAGAUGUCAGCCAGCUGGUAGAUCUGCUUUGCUGUGCAGCACCCAGUUGGAUAUCUCUAAGCUCUGUAAUAUCUUGCUUCUACUCUGAAAUAUUGUUUUAGAGAAAUAAAGUUGUUCCACAUUUUGGGUAAUAAGCUUAUUAGCUUUCUCGCUGAGAGUUAGAUGAGAAGAUACAACUGCUAGCAGCUGCUUAGCUUAGCUUAGCUUAGCAUAAAGACUGAAUAAAAAUCUACCUACCAGCACCUCUAAAGGUCAUUAAUUAACAUGUUAUAUUGUUUGCUUAAUCUGUACAAUAACCAAAGAGUAAAGAUAACAGUAAACAGUAAACCACUACUUAUUUCUGGGAGAAGUAGCUUUCUGGAGUAAGCUCCCGUAAAACCACAAUUUGUCAUUUUUACACUUUAGUUUUUGUACGGAUUAAAAAAACAAGGUAUGACGUGUUAAUUAGUGAGCUUUGGAGGGGCUGGUAGGUGGAUUUCGUUACCUUGGGACAGAGACUGUCAAGCUGUUUCCCCAUAGUUAGUCUUCAUGCUAAGCUAAGUUAACCAGCUAUGGGCUGUGGCUUAAUUUUAGAGUACAGACACGAGAGUGGUAUCUAUCUUUUCAUCUAACUCUCUGCAUAAGCGUACUUCCCAAAAUAUUGAUCUAUUCAACAAUAUUCUACAAUAAAAUACAAAGUCUAUAAAAUGUCAUGUUUGGAAUUUACUUUUCCACCUCCUUCGAACAAAGUUUUUGCUCCCUUAUGCAUUUGCUGUCCUAUGAAAACCACAUCAUCUCCAAACUUGAUGACACUGGAUUUUUCAGAUGAACUAAAAGAUAAAAUAUCCUCAAUGGGUUGAGAAAGUUCUGCUACUUCUUAGGCUAAAUAAACCUGUUUUUGAUUUGUCUGAAAACGGAUAGUCAAAAGCUUAAAAAAAGCACUGUUUUUCUGUGCUUGUGUAAAGUAGUGUAUUUUGGAGAUACAUGGUUUUAUAGGACAGCAACUUUAUUUUUCUAUUGUCAAAAUCCAGGUUAACUUAUAACGCCUAAGGUCACGGGAAAAUGUACUUUAAUUUACUUUAAUGUAACGCUGAAGACUUCAUUGAAGGCUUAAUUUUCCACUUUCAGUGCUGUUGGACAGCAGAAAAACAUUAUACCCUCAUGAAACUUGUCACAUCCAAACAGAUUUAAAAUGUUGAUUCACUGUGUUGCUUUCUGACAAUAGGAUGGCAACACACAUCUUAUCUCUGUUUUGUGCUGAAAUUUUUGACGUCCUUAGUAAAGAGUAAAAUAGCCAAGUCAGGUCUUAUCCUGACGCUCCUGAGCUUAGAGAGCAUUUAGCUGAUUCCAGUAAAACACAACUCAAUUACUGUGAAAUAAGCAGCAAUCAAUUAAACACUGAAAGUGUAGGAAAGAGGAGGCCUCUCUAAUGGCCCUGUCUUUCCUAGAAGCCCAAUCAGCUGCUAAAGGUCUGGAAGUGACUGUUAAUGUUUUUGGCUUUGCUGCGAGGAAAGCGAAUUAAUUUUCUUCCCCGUCUCCAAUGCAAAGUCUUCAGUAAGUCACAUGCAAAUCCCUGAACUUGAAAGAAGCAGUUUUAGACAACUUGGCUGGCCACUCUGUCACGUUUGUCUCCUUUUUUUGUCACACAAGCCGCUUCAGUCUUAUUAUUGAUCUGAGGCUUGGCUUGGUGCGAACAAAGAUGUGAAAAUUCACACCUCAAAACACAUGAAGUGAGGAAAAAGGGCACGUUGAAGAGAUCACACUCGAACGAUGGAAAGCAGUUCCAUGCUUGACAGUAAAGCAAUUUGGCUUGUUUCCAGAGAAACGUACAGGGUGAUUUACUGGCACUCUGCACUGCUCUCUGCCAGGAUCUUUGGCAGAGUUUGGUUUUGUUAGGGCUGCUUUCACACACAGAAUGCAUAAUACUACUGGACUAAAGACGUUGCUAUCAACAAAACUGCACCCUCACACUGAAAAUAGGCUUCUGUUGUAAUUCUAUUGCCACGUUGUUACAAAUUUAUGUUUGAAGGAAUAGUUUUUUGGGAAAUAUACUUGUUUGCUUUCAAACUGGGACUUAUUAGUACAAUAAAUAUGAAGCUAGCCAGCAGCCUGUUAGCAUAGCUUAGCAUAAAGACUGAAAAACAGGGGGCAACAGCUAGCCUAGCUCUGUCCAAAGGUAACAAAAUUCACCUACCAGCACCUUUAAAGCUCAGUAUUUAAGACUGCAGGACGUAAGUAUUUUAACUGUUACACUUUUUGUACAGAUUAAACAAACACAAGAUAUUUAACAUAUAACAUGUUAAUUAGUGAGCUUUAGAGGUGCUAUUGGGUGGCCCUUGGACAGAGACAGUAUGUUCCCUCCAUUUCCAGUUAUAAUGCUAAGCUAAUCUCCUGGAUAUAGCUUUAUAUAUACCCUACAUAUAUGACAUUGGUGUCAAUCUUCUCAUCUAACUCUCAGCAACAAAACAAAUAAGUAACAAUUAUAAUUUACUGUAAAAAUAAGCGUCAUCAUAUCCUUUGCAACUUUUGACGUAAAUAAUGUUGCUGUUCUUAAAGAAAAUAUGUCUCACAGUGAAGCCUGAAGAGGAGGGGGAAUUCAUCUCCAUUUAUUUUAGGGAAUGCUCUGGCUGUGACCAACAAGCCGGUCUACCUGCCAAAAUAACAUGGAGGUCUAAUAAUAUUCUAAGAAGCUGAUAUUAUUGGGACUCAUAAGAUUUUGGAAUGUCAUUAGUCUGAAUAUUUCAAGCAAAUGACUCAUGCUACGCCUCAAGACUUUCCAAAUUGUCCUUUUCUUUGACCUUGCACACACACAUUGUUUACUGUCAAAGGAAAAGCUAGUGAUUCUGACAAACCUAAUGUCAGGUGGUCUGUUGUUUAAUCUUUGGCUGGGGUUUCUUUUCUCUGACAGCUCAGCUCUGUAUUCAAAAGCAUGUGUCUGUUGGGUGACAACAACUAUUCCCUGCCCUCAGUGUAACACAGGAGCCGUGGUACAAUAAAAAAACAAUGUUUCACGUGUUUUUUUCAACACUUUCAACUGUACAGACAAUACUGUGUAUCACCGUCCUUUAUCCUGCUGGGUUAAAGCGGACAGUGUCUCUUCCUCUGCUCUAGUUAUCUCUCAAUAAACUGAAAUGUACUAAAAAAAAUAAAUAAAACGUGACUGGAAAAAUAAA